UAGAGGUGGGUGGGGGCAAGAAAAAACGCGUAAAGGGAAGGUGAAAAUUGAAGUAGGAGACCCGAGGAGAGAGAGGGAGAGGGAAGAGAGAGAUAGAGAGAGAGAGAGAGAUAGAGAGAGAGGGAAGGCGUCCUUUCCUCUCCUCCUUCGGGGCGCGCGCGUGCGUGCGUGUGCAUGGAUGACCACCUGAGACUAUUGCGCUCUCCUCCGCCUUCCGCAUCCAGACACCGGGGCGACGGCACGCAGGUGAACCGCGGCUACACCGACGCGGAGCGCGAGGACACCAUGACGGUGGUGACGUGCGGCGGCGAGAGCAACGCGGAGGAGCCCGCGCCCGAGCGCUAUGAGCCGCAGCGCGAGUGCUGCGAGCGCGUGGUGAUCAACAUCUCCGGGCUGCGCUUCGAGACGCAGCUCAAGACGCUCGCGCAGUUCCCGCACACUCUCCUCGGCGACCCGAAGAAGCGGAUGCGCUACUUCGACCCUCUGCGCAACGAGUACUUCUUCGACCGCAACCGGCCGAGCUUCGACGCCAUCCUAUACUACUAUCAAUCCGGCGGGCGCAUCCGGAGACCCGUCAACGUUCCCAUCGAUAUCUUCUCCGAGGAGAUCCGCUUCUACGAGCUCGGCGAAGAGGCAAUGGAGAAGUUCCGUGAGGAUGAAGGCUUUAUUAAAGAGGAAGAGCGUCCCUUGCCGACCCGCGAGUUCCAGAGGCAGGUUUGGCUCCUGUUCGAAUAUCCUGAAAGUUCAGGUCCGGCGCGUGCCAUUGCCAUUGUCUCGGUGCUUGUCAUCCUGAUCUCCAUCGUUAUCUUCUGCUUGGAGACGCUCCCCGAGUUCAGAGAGGAUGAUGACCGAGAGCCUGUGGUCACCGCCACCAUGUCGCAAAACUCCACCACCACCGUGCUCCCGAGCCCCUUCUCGGACCCUUUCUUCGUAGUCGAGACACUCUGCAUCAUCUGGUUCUCGUUCGAGCUCCUGGUGCGUUUUUUCGCGUGCCCGAGUAAGGCUACGUUCUCCAAGAACAUCAUGAACAUCAUUGACAUCGUGGCCAUCAUUCCGUACUUCAUCACGCUGGGGACGGAGCUUGCCGAGCGCCAGGGGAACGGUCAGCAGGCCAUGAGUUUAGCCAUCCUCCGAGUGAUCAGGUUAGUGCGUGUCUUCAGGAUCUUCAAACUCUCACGCCACUCUAAGGGCCUUCAGAUUCUGGGUCAGACGCUCAAGGCGAGCAUGCGGGAACUGGGCUUGCUCAUCUUCUUCCUGUUCAUCGGUGUCAUCCUGUUCUCCAGUGCGGUCUACUUCGCUGAAGCGGACGACCCAGACUCAGGCUUCAACAGCAUCCCGGAUGCCUUCUGGUGGGCUGUAGUGACCAUGACGACUGUGGGAUAUGGAGACAUGCACCCUGUGACCAUCGGGGGAAAAAUCGUCGGGUCGUUGUGCGCCAUCGCAGGCGUCUUGACCAUCGCCCUCCCUGUCCCGGUUAUAGUCUCGAACUUCAACUACUUCUACCACCGGGAGACAGAAGGAGAGGAGCAGGCGCAGUACCUACACGUCGCCAGCUGCCAGCCACUCUCAUCCUCGUCCGAGGAGCUGAAGAAGACGCGCUGCUCGUCCUCAUCCUCACUCAGCCGAUCCGAGUACAUGGUGAUCGAAGAGGGAGCCUUCAGCCAGACCAACUUCCCGUCUCAGAACAACCAGAACUGUGUCCAUAUCAAAAAGAUUUUCACAGACGUCUAAGAUUUCUUUUCAUAGCAGACUAGAAUCACAGUAAUCAUCCUCCUCGAGUCGAGUGUGAAGGUUAAACAUGAACUACGACCUCCAUUUCACGCUUGACAGGUGAGGAGAGACGGCAAAGCCCCCAUGUGUCCAUGCGCUCGUGCAUCGUACCGUGUGCUCUUCUCAGUGUUAACUCGUUAGGAGACGCUAAAGGGACAAACGCUAAUGCCUUCGAUUAAUGAUUAGUAUUAAUUAAACAGACCGAUAUGUAAGCUAGUGUACUUGCAGGUUUAAUCCGUUUCUCUGCAUAAACACUCCAGAGAUGGAGAAGGACAGGUGGAGAGAGAGACAGAUUCCUCAGUAUGGAGUUUAUAAUCAUAAUCCUGAAGUCUCAUUAUAAUAAUGAAGUUGCAUCAUUCAGGUUAAUUCUCAUUUAUUGUAUUGUGUGUCGUCAGUAUUUCAUUUCAGUGUAAUAACGAACACUGUUAAAUGCGUGAUUGAUGCCACACACACACACACACACACACACACACACACACACACAUGCACUUGCACUUGCCGAAGGACAAGGAUAAGGGAUAAAGGAUAAAGAGAAGGGAUAGAGACAGCAUCCUGCUCACUCCCGGAAUGAUGAAGUCUCCAUAGUGACGCUGGUUUCCCUGGUAACCCGCUGCUGUUUCCAUGGCAUCCGGAUCGGUUUCAAGGGCAAGUCUCCAGAUGGCUUUACCAUGAAUGAAUAAAUGGACCAGGAUGCACAAUGGAGUAAACAAACAUGCAACAGGCGUCCACACACUCCGGGGGGGGGCUGAAGCGCAGCGAACAAGGACGUCUUACCGAGGAGGAAUUUUUAUAGUGGUCCAAAAGAGGAGACACUUGAUGGUAUGAAGACAGAGAGGAGUUGUGAAUGAACACACACACUCUUAACUCCUUACGGAGUGUGAACACACAGUGCUACGGAACAACCUGGAAUUGGAAGAAGACUUCAGCUCAUCUUAAACUGUCAAGUGGACGGAUUCAUUGACUUUCCCCGCUCUUUAAAUCCCACUGGAGGAGAAGGAUUUUUCUGCCCCAUCACAUCGUGCCUCGUCCCAGUUUCCAACGCCCUCGUCUACUUCCUGCCAGAAUUCAAUGAAGGAGCCAAAGGAAUAAAAGGCAGAACCCACGUCCUGGUUUUAGCAUUUCAUAUUUUGCUGCUAUUUGCGUUUAGAAACAGUUUUUAUUUUUCCUCAGUUGAAAAGGAAGACCUAAAGAUAAUCUUAUGUCUAUUCAAUACUAACACUUGUGCCAAUAAGGACUUAAAAUAAACAGGAGUUAAAAUGGCUGCCAAUGUACAGCUACAUAAUGGCUUGCUAACUAGUUACUGUGCUAACUGAUAUAAAUGUUAAUAAGCUGCUGUUGACACAUUUAAUAAUAGUAACUUGUAUUUUAUCUAUCUGCCUGUGUGUCUAUCUACAUGGGAAAAAUAUUGAAUUUUACCUGUUUCUUCACCCAUACAGUAUUUUGUAGUUCCCAAUAUUUUACCACAAUGUUGGAGGUACAUAUGAGAUACACACUACAUACAACAUCAAUAAGACAUUUUUGGAUGCAAUGGCAGACGUGAAACUGCAAGGCUGUGAUUAUAGAUGUAGACCUGACUUUUCCAGCCAUAUGUCGUUCUUCCUGAACCUUUUACCCAAAGUUAAAGGCACACAAUUGUAUACAGUGCCUUUGGAUGCCUCUGUUCACAAGCCAGAUCCGUGCAGUAUGGUUUACAUGGAUAAGAGUGGAAGAUCUUGAGUCCUCUGCUAUAGAGCUAUGACCUCAACCCUACCGAACCUUCGGGAUGAAUUGGAAUGAUGACUGUACCUCAGACCUCCUCACAUCACCUACAUCAAUACCUGAGUUUACUAGCACCCUUGUGGCUCCAAAAUCUAGUGGAACAUCUAACCAGCAGAGUGGAGAUUAUUAUAAAAAUUUUGUCUUCAUAGUGUACUUCUCCUGUGUAGUACCGGUACCUAAAAAGGCUAUCCUAUCUGGCCUUAACAACUUCAGACCGGUCGCACCGUCGUCACAUGUCAUGAAGGUGUUGAAGCUCCUAGUUUUUGCACAUCUAGGACCACUGGUUAAAUCUUCCCUGGACCUACUAAAAUUUGCCUACCAGCCUCAUAUGGGCGUGGAUGAUGCAGUCAUCUACUUGUUGCAGCGUGCUCACACUUGGAUGAAUGUAGUGUUAUUGUGAGGAUCAUGUUUUUUUUAUUUCUCCAGUGCCUUUAAUACAAUACAACCAUUACUACAGAGUGAGAACCUGCUCAGGAUGGGUGUCAGCACAUCCAUUGUGUCCUGGAUAGCUGACUGUUUGUUAGAUGGGCCCCAGUUUGUAAAGUUGGGGAAUUCCAUGUCUGAUGUGGUGGUCAGUAACACAGGAACACCUCAGGGGACUGUCCUUUUGAAAUUCCUGUUUACUCUGGACACCUCAGAUUUCCUAUACAACUCUGAGUCCUGCCACCUGCAGAAGUUCUCUAAUUACUCUGCAGUGGUGGGGUAUAUUAGGGAUAGACAGAGUACAGAGCAUUUCUCGAAGCUUUGUGAGUGGUGCCCCAGAAACCAUCUGCUCCUGAACAUUGUGAAAACCAAGUAGAUGGUACUGGACUUCAGGAAGGGUAAAACUAUGAUUAAACCUGUUACCAUCUAAGGGUGAGAAGGUUGGGGUUUUGGACAACUUAUACAACAGAUUGGACUGGGGAACCAACACCGACGCUGUGUAUAAGAAGGGGUUAAGCAGACUUUAUUUCCUGAGUUAGCUCAGAUCCUUUAAUGUAUGCAGAGGAUGCUGGAAGUUUUUUAUCAGUCUGUUGUGGCAGGUGCCCUUUGAAGUGCUGUGGUCUGCUGGGGGAGCAGCAUCAAUGUCAGGGAUGCAGACAAGAUAAAUAAAAUCAUCUGCAAGGCUGAAUACAUAAUCGGACACAAACUGGUCAGAUUGGAAACAGUGGGGGACAACAGGCCACUACAUGAUUCCAUACAGAGGCAGUGGAGUUUAUUCUCCAACUGAUUCAGCUUCACUGUCACAAAGAAUCGUUUAGGAAAUCAUUCCUACCGUAUGCAAUUAGACUGUACAAUGACUUAUCUCUAUUUAAUUUACGAUAAUAGCAACUUAUAUACACAGCCCUUCAUUCUCUCACUUUACACACACAUACAUAGGCUGACGAUUUGCACAUUUCAUUUCUUCUUCUUUUCUUUCUUUUUGAAUUGCCAGUUUGCACUCAGUUUUUUAUGUUGCAUCAUCUGCAAUAUUGUAUUUAUUUCUUAGUUGAAAAACUUCACAUUAAUAAAGUUACAAUUAUUUAAUUACAUUCAUUUUUUCACCCUUUUUAUCGUCCUCCCUACAACUGUUUGUGU